UGUCGGACCAAACGGUCCCCACUUCCACCCUGCACCCCUUCUUUCCCCCUUGCACCAUGAACACCAAUGUCUGCGUGGAGCCCGGGCCGAGCCCGGAGGCCCCGGGCUUGCCCAAGGAAAGCCACCUGCCCGAGGGGUCCCUGAACAGCCUUGUGGAUUACAACUCGGAGAUGGAGCGCUACCGCUCCUUUGCCACCUCCUUCUACAAGACCAACGGGGGCGCCUUCCCGCAGGCCGCCAAGAUCGCGCGCAUCACCACCCCCAUCUUCCCCAGCAGCGCCGCCGCCGCCGCGGCCGCCGCGCGCAUCGGCAUGUCCCCCUGGAACUGCGACAACGCGGCCACCGCCGCCGCCGCCACCGCCAUGCUCUGGGGCAGCGGCGGGGGCGGGGGCGGCGGCGGGGGAGGCGGCGGCGGCGGUGGGGGCGGCGGCGGGGGCGGUGGGGGCGGCAGGAAAUCCUCCUCCGCCGCCGCCUCCUCCUCCGCCUCCUCCUCGGCGAUCCUCCCCGCCGGCGGUGGCGGUGGUGGCGGCGGCGGUGGCGGCGGCGGCGGCGGCGGCGGCGGCGGCGGCGGCAGGACCAGCAUGCACCACCGAAAUGACUCCCAGAGGCUGGGGAAAGCUGGCUGCCCGCCAGAGCCAUCGUUGCAAAUGGCAAAUACUAAUUUCCUCUCCACCUUAUCCCCUGAACACUGCAGACCUUUGGCGGGGGAAUGCAUGAACAAGCUCAAAUGCGGCGCUGCUGAAGCAGAGAUAAUGAAUCUCCCCGAGCGCGUGGGGACUUUUUCCGCUAUCCCGGCUUUAGGGGGCAUCUCAUUACCUCCAGGGGUCAUCGUCAUGACAGCCCUUCACUCCCCCGCAGCAGCCUCAGCAGCCGUCACAGACAGUGCGUUUCAAAUUGCCAACCUGGCAGACUGCCCGCAGAACCAUUCCUCCUCCUCCUCGUCCUCCUCAGGGGGAGCUGGCGGAGCCAACCCGGCCAAGAAGAAGAGGAAAAGGUGUGGGGUCUGCGUGCCCUGCAAGAGGCUCAUCAACUGUGGCGUCUGCAGCAGUUGCAGGAACCGCAAAACGGGACACCAGAUCUGCAAAUUUAGGAAAUGUGAAGAGCUAAAGAAAAAACCUGGCACUUCGCUAGAGAGAACACCUGUUCCCAGCGCUGAAGCAUUCCGAUGGUUCUUUUAAAGCAGUAGUAUAUCUUAUUUUCAAGGCAUUUGGAAGUGAAGGGCAAACUAAUGUCUUGUUUUAAGAAACUGCUUAGUCCACCACUGAAGAAAAUAUCCAGAUAUUAUUUUCAUUUUAUGUAUAGGGGUUUCUUCAAAAAAAAAGGGGGGGAUAAAAAAAAAGACAUAUAAAAAUAAUCUGGGAGCUUGGGGAAUUGGCCAGUCUAUUUACUUUCAAUACACUGAUUCUUUCUUUGAUGUAAUUUAGCUAUCCUAGUGAAGUUGUUGUCUAUUUUGAAAGUGGCUGUAAAAAACAAGUUUGGGUAAACCCCUGCUGUAAAAUCAUGUAUCUUUGCAAAGUACAUAUCUAUACUUCAUUUUCAAAUAUAUGUGUUUCAGUACUGUAAACUGUACAGAUAGCAGCUUGUAUUUUGUGUGUUUAGACACAAGAAGACAAUCAUGUCUGAGCAUCUAUGGAGAUUAACAGUUUGUUCACAACACUCCGGUUCUGCGAGUUAAAUCUGGAGCAAUAAAUUUUAGCUUUAAAUAUUUUUUUGCCAGUUGUUUCUAGGAGCAGCAACAACAGUGGCGUGUUUUGCCAUGCAUCUUUCCGUAGAGACUUGAUGCCAAGUUUUACAAGACUAAAAGAUGAUGAUGCAUCCAGCAGUUACCUUCAGUUGUAUUGUUCUAAGAGGGGAAGAUAUUAGGAAAGUUUCAAUUAAUCUUUUGAGCACUAUAUUAGAGUAGUGGUUAUGCACUUGCAUUGCUUACAAACGAGCUGUACAGAAGGGUAUACCUCCCAAAUCCUUAGUGUAGUUGACUUGUCUUGGGUGGCACUGUAACAUGGAGUACUCAGAGUAGUUGAAACAUGCAGAAUCUGUUGUAUACCUUUUUUGUUCUUUCUUUAAACAGUGUUUUCUAGGAUACAGGCUAGAGUAUCAUAUCUUAGGGGUGAAAUUCACGACUGACUUUUCUUUUCCCCCCAGCCCAACAUGGGCUUUUUUUGUUUGUAUGUAUUUUUUUGUUUGCCUGUUUUUCUGCUUCUUUUUUGGUAGAAAAAAAAAAUGAACACUUAAUAAAAAUAUCCAAUUGUUUAAAUUCCAUGUAUGAUAUUAAAAGUGUAGUUUUGUUUUAAAAUUUGAUUUCCCCCCAGCCUCCUACAUCGAGACAUGGCUGGGUACAUUUUUAAGUUCAAAAGAGUGAAACGCAUUCAUGGAAGUGAGGCUGUUAAAUCUCUUUUGAUCUUCCUUGCUCACAGCCUCCCAGUUAAAACCGUGGCCUUCCCCGAGGCCCUCCAUGAAAUGCUCCAUGGUCCCCAUUCCCAUUCUCAUCACCAUCACCGGAUGCUUCCAUUCCUGAGAAGGCAGGGCCACAGUCUAUGGAAUUCCAUAAAUGCAAACAGCCCCCAAACAAAAGGAGCUAAUGCUUCAUAGGACCUGAGCUCCCUUUUCUCAUAAUGUUUGGUUUUCCUCUGCGGUCAGUGUUCUUUAGGCUGGCCCGUUAGGACAAAUGUUUAUGAUGGCCUGAUCCCUAAGAGUUUUAGUUCUCUCUCUCUCCUUUUUUCCCCUGCAAAUUAUAAAGCCUGUUUUCAGCUUCAGAAAUAAGACAGAGUUUAGCAAAAACACAUACAGUAUGCAAGUUGCCAUAUUACUGUAUCUUUUUGUUCCCUAGUCACUAGCCAGCGGUUUUAGCCUGUGACAUCCCAUUGACCUGCUGACAACUUAGCAACAUGGAUCAGGUGAAGAAAAAUAACUUGAGAAGGCAGAGGGUGAUGAAAGGAACUAUAAAGUUUUAGAAAGACUAGCAGAUGAAUAAUUUUAAAAGGCUAGUUAUAAUCUUGAAUGGGAAAAAAUACAGACAGAGGAGGUUUUUUUAAAAGCAGAAGGAGCUCUUCAUUGCUAAAGUGCUGGCAAGGGGGGCGGGGAGAAAGUACUUGAAAAUGCCAAUGUGAAAAACAAUGACUUAAUUUGCCUAGAGUAUGGAUACAAGGUCUACAGCUACUGUCAAAUAGCCUUUUUGAGGAAAAUUCACUAUGUAUUACACUUAUCCAUGUUUAGAGAAGAAAAUUAUAUGAUCGCAAAGUAAAACGUGCUGUAUAUUCAUUUUGAGAUAGCUUUCUUCUUGAUGUAUAUUCCUUUGAAGGUUCUAGUUAGAAUUUCUAUUUCUGCUGUGGGACCAAUAAGAGCUAUAUGAGUUCUUUCUUGUUCCAUUUUUAAUUUUAUUUGACUUUUUUUAAAACCAAUUUGCUAAUGAAUUACGAGUAAGUGAAAACUUGCUUCCACACUUGAAUGGUAAGCUUGCCUUGCUUUUAGGAAAGUGAUCGUUGUUAUUACAGAAUUGAAACAAACUUUUAUUCGGUUGCAUUAGGCAUACGAUAACAUAUGAAGAUCUCAUCACAAUGUACUGUGAGUCUAAAAUACAUGCUAGUAUUGCAUGUCUUGAUGUGUUUUUAUUUGUUUCCUUAAAGAAUUAAUGAGUUUGUAUAUUGUGAAAUGUGAUUUUUUUACAUGUGAAUUCAAUUUUUUAAUGAAAUAAUCUGUUAAUUAUUGAUAUGGAGAAGCGCAGCUCUUCUUGAAUUCCUUAUGUGUUUUUGUUCCUGAUGUUGUUCUUUUUUAAACCACCCAUUUUUUAAUGUUUUGGGUUAAGCUAUUUAUUCAAUCGAGGGUGCAUGUAAGGUUCCCUUUGGUGAUGCUGAAAAAACGUAUCACUCCUCUGGCCUCCCCCCGGUUUUCUCCCUCGUAAGUUCAUGUAUUGAGAACUUGUAAAGCAUAUCGUAGCAGCACUGAGGGAGUGACUGAAAGAUUUACACUUUUCUUGAUUCUUAAAUACCAAUGAAGUGUAACUUUAAAAAAUUCCUUGGUGUAUGUUUCAUAUUCAGAAUCAAGAAAAUUCAGAAGAUAGCAAUCAGCUGUAGAUCAUGUGGGCUAUCUUUACAACUUAAAAAUUACAUCUCAGAUAAGCCAAAUAAAAAACUUUGUGUGAGAGGUCAAGUACAGAGGUGGAGGCGGAGGUGAGGAGCUGCCAUCAUGCGUCAGCGUCUGGGAAGACUAUGGAAAGUCCUUGGGCUGCUGCCAUGUAGUGCAGGGGACCCAUCCCUUUGUCAGCUCUCACUCAGCACUCUAAUAUCACAAGAGCAUCAGAGUGCAAAUCUCUCUCUUUCCAGGCCUUCAACCCAAAGUGGCUUUCUGAUGGAUUCCGCCUGUCUGUGCGCAAGUGGAGGGCAUAUUUACAAACUAGAAAUGUGUCCAUUCUUGGGAGGGAGAACAUUAAUAGGCUUCCCCCAGGGUAAGAAUAUAUAAACGUGUCUCCUGUUGCUUAAUUCCCAACACCCAACUUUCUUCUUCUAAACACAUUCAUAGGAAGCAAGAGAUGGAAGACUUCCUAUGAAUUAAUAUUAAGCAGUCAUUAAAAGAAAGGAAUAUUCCCUUCCUUUCAUUCAGAACCCCUGGCAUGUAAGUUGCACAAUUAAUACUAAAGCAUAUAGUCGUUCAGCUGAUAGUGUCUGUAAUCAAAUAAUGAGGAAAAGAAAGCAGUUAAAUGAACACACUAUUCGGGGCAAAUAUGUUCAGCAAAAAACCGUUGUGGGUCUUUGAUCAUGGCUAGAUUCACAGUGAUAUCGCACAGUUGGUUCUCAUGUAACAGCUAAAUGUUUCAAAUUUUGUUUUUAUUAAAUUUGGCAGUUUCACACUGAGAUCUGUAUUCCUAGUGAAUAAAAGACAGUUACUAUGUUAGGAGGGAUUUCAUUUUCACAAUUGCAAGGAAGUCAGCGAUAUUUCAGGAACAUGGGCCACAAAAUGUACUCCUUUCACAGUGUUCUCCUAUUCUGAACUGUGCAGUUAUCUAUUAAAUUUUCUAAUAGAUAUUUGUGUAAGGUGUAUGUAUGCUUGUGCAAUUAUUAAAAAA